AUGGUACCACAAAUUGAAGCAUUCACAAAAUUAAUAAAAUCGCCGAGUCAGUAUGUUACUUUGAAUGCUUCUGGACUUUUCAUUGGACUACCAGACGGUUUAAUGGGCAAUAGUGAGGCAGGUCACAUGAAUAUUGGUUGUUUACGAGUAAUGUAUCAAGAUGUCGUUCGUAUAAACAUGGAUGUGGAAAGCAAAAAAAUUGCUGAAAAUCCCAACUUUUUACAAUGCACCAGCAAUGUUAAAUUCACCAAUGGUAAACUUCACUUGUUGGGCUUGAUUAGCAAUGGAGGUGUUCAUGCUCAUAUUCAACACCGAUUUGCUCUUCUGGAAGCUGCUAAGGAUCAGAAAGUUUCCAAAACUUAUCAUUUCUUCGGUGAUAGCAGAGAUACCGCUCCUACAAGUGCAGUUUAUGUGCAGCAAGUCCUUGAUAAAGUAAAAGAACUUGAAUAUGGUAGUUUAAGCACCAUAUUGAUGUGUUAUAAUGCCAUGGAUCGUGAUAAUAGAUAUGAAAGAAUAAAGCUUUCAUAUGAUGGGCUUGUACAAGGUCUUGGAGAAAAAACUAACCCAUUUGAAGUUGAAUUGAUAGAAAAACGAUAAUCUGACAGUAAAGAUCCUCAAACAGAUGAAUUGUUGAAGCCUAUUAUUGUAUAUGAAAAUGAUAUGAUCCAGGACAAUGAUACUCUCAUAUUCAUCAACUAUCGCGCUGACAGAGUCCGGCAGAUAUCUUCCGCUUUCGGCAUAAAACGAGAGUUCGAGACAAGCAAAGUAGCUCGGAAUCUGAAGAUAUAUACAAUGACCCAGUAUAAAAAGGAAUUUCCAUUCAGUAUGCUGUACCCGCCUACUGUUCCCGUUAAUGUGCUUUCCGAGUGGGCAUCCCGAAAAGUUCACCCUCAGUUGCAUUGUGCCGAGACCAAAGACAUUUUAGGACAAUGUGAACCAACGCAGUACCCGAAUCUAGAGACCAUAGGUGCAAGAAUAAUGACUAAAUAUUAA